CCCUGAAAGAUAAAUUGACGUGUUGGAACGUUCAAGAAUCAUAUGACCGAAUUAGAGAUGCAUCUACAUUUGAUGAUGAUGGAGCAUCACAAUUUUCAGUGGAAGAAUAUGAGAUUAGUAAAAAGCACUAA